AUGGGAAAGCGAAGUAAAGUGUUGGAGACAGAUACUCCAACGGCAAAGUUUCUGUACGCAAUUAUGAAGCAACUGGACACGAAGUCGAUUGACUGGAACCAAGUUGCAGCGGAUAGCGAGGUCUCCAAUGGCCAUGCUUCACGUAUGCGGUGGUCCCGAUUCCGCAACCAAAUGGAAGGGACCACGGGGGCAACCCGACCCAAGCGAAAAACCAAGAAGGAGAAGAUCAUAGACCCACCUGCCGGCAUGCCGGGGAUGUUUCCAAUGCCUCAGCACCAGAUGAUGCCCACGAGCUCAACCGAUCCAUCUAUCCAUACCAAUCCCUUUGUAAAAAGUGAGCCAGAGAUGCAGAACAGCCCAAGCAGAUUUAUGCCGUACGCCCCAGCUUCAAUGCCAGAGACUGGAAUGCAAGGACAGUACUACUUACCUCAGGACUUUGCUUCACCCCAGUUUCGAAUGGCAUCUGGUAUUCCCACCGGGCUACCUUCAACCAGCUUUGCAGCACCGCCUUAUUUGAAGCAUUCUCAGUCCCCGUCUGUGUCAACCGAGUAUCCUUACUCAUUGCAUGGUGCACUGUCAGGAUUUGAUUUGCGAGAAUUCGAAUUCCCGGGCUCUUCCAUGGACUUUGCCCCUACUAUCAACUGGGAACCACACGCCCCUUCCGACCAACAAAGACCGACCAUAAAAAUUGGGCUCAGCAGAGUCAGAGUCAGCAAGACCAAGGCAGGUGUGACCAAGGUCAGCAGAGCCAAGAUUGGCAGAGCUCAAGUCGGCAAAGCCCAGUCAAACAAGAUCAAGACAUGUAUGACCAAGGUCAACAAAGCCAGAGCCUGGGCCAGCAAGACCAAGACAUGUAUGACCAAGGUCAUCAAAGCCAGGACAUAUGCCAGCAAGACCAAGAGCAACAGCGGCAACAAGGCCUCUAUGGCCAAGGCCAGCAAAGUACAGACCGGCAAAACCAAGUUCAGCAAGGCCAAGGCCAAGUACUACAGAGCCAAGGCCCGCGGAGCCCUGGUCGACAAGACCAAGUUCGGAAAGAGCAAGGUCCGUAUAGUCAAGGCCAACAGGGCCAAGAAAAGCAGGUUUCAAAUCAGCAAAACCCAGCCCAGCAUGACGAAGACAUGUGUGACCAAGGUCAACAGAGCCCGAGUCAGCAAAUGCCAGUCCAACAAGACCCAGUCCAACAAGUCCCAAUCCAACAAGGCCCAGUCCAACAAGUCCCAAUCCAACAAGGCCCAGUCCAACAAGGCCCAGUCCAACAAGGCCCAGUCCAACAAGACCCAGUUCAACAAGACCCAGUUCAACAAGACCCAGUUCAACAAGACCCAGUCGAGCAAGACCCAGUCGAGCAAGACCCAGUCGAGCAAGGCCCAGUCGAGCAAGGGCUGCAAGGCCAUGUACUGCAAGAACAAGACCCGCUUGACCAAGCUCAGCAGAGUCCAAGUCAGAAAAGCGCAGGCCAGCAAGGUCAGGUAUUGCGCGAUCAAGGCCUUAGUGGUCAGGCAGAGGAAGGCCCGGGCCAGCAGAGUCCGAGCUGGCAGGACCAAGUGA